GAUUUUCGACACGGAAGGAGAAAUCACAGGUUGUUCCUCCCUGCUGGAAGUGUCGAGUGUAUCUGGGCAUAAGUUUUCUUCAGGAGUGGUAGGCGAGGUUGCUUCAUUAUUCCAGUCAUGAUUUAUCUCUGCAGUUCUUUCUGCAGAGCCGCGAGCUCCUGCUGUUCCCCUUGUGUCUUUCCGAACCGCAGCUCUCCUUUCCUUGGGUUUCUCCGGGUAGUGUAGGUGGGAGUGGCCGGUCCAUGUCUCCGAGAAGGAAUGAAAGAACAAAGUGAUUUCUUCUUCCAAGAACAGGCAAUUAGCCAUAGCUCCUGAUUGUGCGGUGGCAACAGCUUCAGGUUAAUCUAAGAGGUUUUGUCUGCGUCUCUUGAGUUGACUAAAAUCGCAUUAGUUAGUAGCUGUGAUGGGGAAUCAUAACUGUGCAGGAGAGUAGCCGGUUCUGCAUGAAGGAAUUGGGGAAAUAACGCAGAUAGUAGCUAUUGCAGAUUUUUCCUUCAUGAGUGGUUUAUCCUGAAAUUUACCCUGUAUUCUGGGACCUGUUUCAAAGCUGGCCACAUACCCUUUGUUUAACACCUUUUUGGCCUUGGACUCCAGAAAGAAUCUCUUCUUAUGGAUAGAAAAGUGACAGGUCCUUCAUCCGGAGUGAAAGAAGAGACUGACACUCAUCUUUUGCGUGAGCACUGUUGCAGAAAUGGCAGGGCUGGUACCAUUAGUGGGGCGAGUUAAUUUUGCUAGUUUUCUUUUUCCAUUCUGGCUGGUAAUUCCCUUUUUCUUUUUUACCACUCCUAGCAUUUCCUUCAUACACAGCUGUAGAUGAAGACUGAGGUCUCAAAUGGGGAAUUUUUUUUCCUUCCAGAGCCCGUUUUCUUAUUCUUUUUUAUAAAAAGAGAGGUCUUUGGACCCUGUACAGAGAGUUCGUCCUCUUAGGGGAUUUUUUUGGUUGUUUGUUUGGUUUUGGUUGGUUCCCCCUUCUACCCCUUCUUCCCCAGUAUUUCUUACAAAUGUCGGUUUAAAAGGAUAAUAAGCCUCUAAGAUUCAAAUAUGGCUAUCAAAUGUGUAGGAGAUUCACCAAUUGACACUUUAAGCACUUGAAUCAGGUAUAUUUGAAAAUCUAUGAAAGGCCAUCAGAGUCUAAGGUGUGCAGCUGUAAUGAUCAUUUCCCGUUGUUGAAAAUGUGCCAUAGCUCCAUGAAUACACAAUAAUUAGAACAAGGUUUUGCUAGCGAGCGUCAAGCCUGUAUGUCUUAACUUCGGAGAAAAGAAAAGCCUAUUCCUGGGAUUAUAGAAUGAAUUGAUGGAAUAGAAUUGCGUAUAAACCGGACAGAUUCAUUUCAGGUGCUUUUCUGCCUCCUGGGUAGCUGUAAAUAGAGUUAGCACAGAGUGAUGAAGUAACCUAGAGCUGUAUAUCAGACACGGCUUUCUUUCGCUGCCCUUGCGCCGGUCAUUCCGUCAUGUCUUCUAGAAAUAUUCGUGAUGGAAGCUCUGCUUUUGUACUGCUGUGUUAGGACUCGCAAUGCUCCGUCCGCCGUAUUAAAACAAAUACAUUGCAUUUCACUGCGUGCAGUGCCGGCAGAGAGCUGCGGGCGCCGCUGUUGACCGAGAGGAGCGGGAGGAAGCUCGGAGCGCGGCAGCCCCGCCCGCUGCGGCCCGGCUCGCUGGCGGUGCCGGUGUGUGAGUCGGCGGCGGAGCAGUCCGCGAUCGUCCCCGCGGUUGGGGGAAUGUGCUGAAGGGGGUCGGAGGAGUCUGGCAGCAGCGGCCGGGAGCGGAGCGCCGGAGCUACACUGUGAGCCAGAUCCGUGAGCGGCGGCGCAGAGCUCCCGCCGGUGUUGCGGUGCCGCGGCGGAGAUGUGCGCGGCGGGGAGGCGCUGGGGCCGGCGGCAGCGAGCUCUGCUCGGGGCCGUCCUGCUGGCGGCGUGGCAGGCGGCGUGGGGGCAGCUGCGCUACUCGGUGCCCGAGGAGAUGCCCAAGGGCUCGUUCGUGGGCGACGUGGCCAAGGACCUGGGGCUGCAGCUGUCGGAGAUCCGCGAUAAUGCCGUCCGCGUUGUCUCCGAAAGUACGACGCAGUAUUUCGCUGUGCACGGGAAGACGGGACAUUUAGUGACGGCUGAGAGGAUCGACAGAGAGCAGCUGUGCCGGCUGGUGGAGAAAUGCGUGCUGCGCUGUGAGCUGAUAGUGGAGGGACAGAUGCAGGUUUACGGAAUCGAAGUAGAAAUCACGGAUGUUAACGACAACGCGCCCAGCUUCAGAGAGGCAGACAAAGAAUUGAGAGUGAGCGAGACGACAGCCCCAGGGUCGCGGUUUCCCCUGGCCGAAGCUCAUGACCCAGAUUCGGGCCGUAAUUCCCUGCAGAGCUACGAGCUGAGCGGCGACGAGCACUUCUCGCUGGCCGUGCAGGCGGGCCCCGGCGGCGAUCAGCGUCCCGAGCUGGUGCUGGCCAAGGCGCUGGACCGGGAGGAGGCGGCGUUUCACGAGCUGGUGCUGAGGGCGAGGGACGGCGGCGAUCCGGCACGGACGGGCACGGCUCGGAUCCGCGUGAUGGUGCUGGACGCGAACGACAACGCGCCCGUGUUCAGCCAGGCGGAGUACACGGUGCGAGUGCCCGAGGACGUGCCCGUGGGCUCUGUCAUCAUCGCUGUCAUGGCUACGGACGGCGACGAGGGGCUGAAUGGUCAUGUGAAAUACAGCUUUCGUAAAAUUUCAGACCGAGCCUCAGAACUUUUUAAUUUCGACUCUGCGACAGGAGAGAUAACUGUUAAGGACGACUUGGAUUUCGAGGAAAUCUCCUCCCACGAACUUGAGGUUCAGGCACAUGAUGGAGGAGGGCUCUCUGAUACUGCAAAAGUGGUGAUCACCAUUACAGACGUCAAUGACAAUGUGCCCAAGAUUUCGGUGAGAUCGGCUCUUAACGAGAUCUCGGAGGAUGCCCCUCUGGGAACAGUUGUGGCCCUGUUGCACGUGCAGGACCGGGACUCGGGGGCAAAUGGCCAGGUGCGCUGCUCGAUUGACAAAGACGUCCCGUUCCGGCUGGAGAAGUCCUAUGAGGACUACUACCGUGUGGUGACAGCGAGCGAGCUGGACCGGGAGCAGGUGUGGGAGUACAACGUGACGGUGCGGGCGGCGGACGGCGGGUCGCCGUCGCUGCAGAGCAGCGCGGUGCUGGCGCUGCGGGUGCUGGACGUGAACGACAACGCGCCGGUGUUCUUGGAGGAGCGCUACAGCGCGCGGCUGGCGGAGAACAACGCGGCGGGCGCGCUGGUGCUGACGGUGCGCGCCACGGACGCGGACUGGGGGCAGAACGCGCGCGUGCGCUACCGGCUGGCGGAGGGGCGGGUGCGGGGCGCGCCGCUGUCGUCGUACGUGUCGGUGCAGGCGGAGACGGGCGCGCUGUACGCGCUGCGCUCCUUGGACUACGAGCAGGUGCGCGAGCUGCAGCUGUGGGUGCGGGCGGAGGACGGCGGCGCGCCGGCGCUGAGCAGCAACGUGUCGGUGCGGCUGCUGAUCGUGGACGAGAACGACAACGCGCCGCAGGUGCUGUACCCGCCGGCGGGCGCAGCGGCGGGCUCGGGCGCGGCGUGGUCGGGCGUGGAGCUGGCGCCGCGCCGGUCGGAGGCCGGCGCGCUGGUGGCCAAGGUGGUGGCGGUGGACGCGGACGCGGGGCAGAACGCGUGGCUGUCCUACGAGCUGGCCAAGGCCACGGAGCCGGGGCUGUUCCGCGUGGGGCUGCACAGCGGCGAGGUGCGCACGGCGCGCUCGCCGCUGGCCCGCGACGCGGCGCGCCACAGCCUGGUGGUGCUGGUGCGGGACCACGGGCGGCCGGCGCUCUCGGCCACGGCCACGCUGAGCGUGGUGCUGGCCGAGAGCGUGGCCGAGCUGCUGGCCGAGCUGGGCAGCGCGGCCGACGAGGCGGCGGCGCCGGGCGAGCCGGCCGCCAGCCUGACGCGCUGGCUCGUGCUGGCCGUGGCCGCCGUGUCGUGCCUCUUCGUGGCCUUCCUGCUGCUGCUGCUGGCGCUGCGCCUGCGCCGCUGGCACCGCCAGCACCUGCUGCCGGCCGACAGCGGCGCCCUGCGCGGCGUGCCCGUGUCGCACUUCGUGGGCAUCGACGGCGUGCGCGCCUUCCUGCAGUCCUACUCGCACGACGUGUCGCUCACGGCCGACUCGCGCAAGAGCCAGCUGCGCUUCUCGGCCGCCAGCUGCUGCGACACCCUCCCGGCCCGCCCGCCGCCCGACGAGCCCGCGCCGCUGCUCGGGGACCAGGACCCCGCCGGCGCCCUGCCCGCGCCUUCUGCCCCUCCCUCGGUGAGUUUCUCUCUCCAGGUUUUCUCUGCCACGCUUUCUUCUGAUGCUCCCCUGCCCUUUCCCUGCGGUUUACUCUGUCUUGCAUAGGAGAUUGUGCUUCAAGCAUUGUAGAUUUUC